AUGUUUUUAUUUCUAAUAACUGCAAUUUCUUGUUAAUCAAUUCUUGAUGGUCUUAAAAUGAUUGAAAAAAGUUUCAAAUACACAAAUGAUAAUAGCAUUCUAAAUAAAAAUUGUAAAUCAAUUUUUAAUUUACCAUGUAGAAUGUAAUAAUAGAAGAUUUCUUAAAAUGAAUAGAAUGUGAAGAAUUACAUAAAUGAAGAAGUAAAUAUUGAAUAUUAGGGAAGGCAAAUUUAUUCUUAAAUUUAAUUGAGUCAGAUUAAGAUUAUCAUAAAUAUUAUCAAGGAGUGAUAAAUCAUAUCACAAAAGAAAUUGGAUUAUAUGACAUAAAUGAAUCAUAUUUAUCUAUUCUAAUGGAUUUUGAUUCUUUCACCUUAUAAAAAGAAUCGAAACUCAUUGAAAAUAAAUAUUAUGUAGAAUUAUAAGACAGAGAGAUUCAUAGUAUAAAUAAAUUGAAUGAUACUUUUAAAGAGAAUAAUUCAUCUUUAUUUAUUUAUUUUAAAGAUUUAUAUAUUCCAAAAUAAGGUAAAUAAAGUUUUAAUGCAAUUUCUAAUAAUUUCUUAUAUCAUCCUAAUUUUGAAAAUAUCUAAACAGCAGAGAAAACUGGUGUUAUAUAAUUUAGCAAAGGAGUAUAUUUAAGUUAAUUUUAUGCUAAAAGUUUGAAAAAGAAUUCAAAAAUAACUUUAGGAUUUUUAGAUGGAUAAACUACAAGUUUAGAUCUUCAUGUAGAUGAUAAUUGGAUAUUAAUAAAAGGACCAAUAGAUUAUUAAAUAAUAAAUAUAACAAUGAGUAAAUAGACAGCAAUUGAUUCAAUUUUAAUAAAAGUAAAGAAAAUUGCUUACACUUAAGAUUAAUUAUAAAUGUUAUUAGUUUAGAAGUUAUUGUUAAAAUAAUAACUUUUACAUGAAGAUAAAAGAUUGAAUAAGAAAAUGAUUUAAGAAAACUUUGAAAAAGAAUAAAAGAAAUAAAAAGUGAUUAUAUUAUAGGAUUUAGAAUAUGAUUAAAUUGAUAGUAUUAUAAAUUUUCUGGAAUUAAUAUUAGUAGAAAUCUAAAAGUUUAAGGUUAGUGGAUAAUAAUAAUAAUAAUAAUAAUAAUAAUAAUAAUAAUAAUAAUAAUAAUAAUAAUAAUAAUAAUAAUAAUAAUAAUAAUAAUAAUAAUAAUAAUAAUAAUAAUAAUAAUAAUUGAGUUCGAAAUAGAUAUAAGGAAUAAUUGAUAAAAUAAUAUAGGGAAAUAAUAAAAAUGAGAGAGAAUUUAAGAAAUUUAAGAAUAUGUUAGAAAUAUUUUUAUAAUAAUAAUUGAAUGAAGAAGAGAUUGAGAUUCUUUAUUAAAAGUUAAUUUAAGCAAGAUAAGAUUUGAAAGUGAAUUGA